GCAAAAAUGAAAUGGAUGUUCAAAGAGGAUCAUUCCUUGGAGCACCGGUGUGUGGAGUCUGCCAAAAUCCGCAACAAAUACCCCGACAGAGUUCCGGUCAUUGUAGAAAAAGUCUCUGGCUCACAGAUCGUAGAUAUUGAUAAGCGGAAGUACUUGGUACCCUCGGACAUCACGGUGGCCCAGUUCAUGUGGAUCAUCAGGAAGCGGAUCCAGUUGCCUUCGGAGAAAGCUAUCUUCCUCUUCGUUGACAAAACAGUCCCACAGUCCAGCCUGACAAUGGGACAGCUCUACGAGAAAGAGAAGGAUGAGGAUGGGUUUUUGUACGUGGCCUACAGCGGAGAGAACACAUUUGGAUCAUAAAGGCCUUCGCUUCAAGAUGUUUGCUCACUUUUCAACACACACACACACACACACACACACACACACACACACACACACAAACCCAUCCCACGGCACCCACACACACUGCCCCACCCCUCCACGUCAUCCUUCAUGAUCU